UUCAAAAUAAUCAAUAAUACCUGUGACCUGCGUCUAGAAGCCUAGCGGCUAGCUCAAUCGACCAUCCGGGUGAGCUACUUAGCGCUCCCGAUUCUGACACAGGUCACAUUCAGUCUAGAAUACAGCUUCCUGUAGAAUGGACGUAUUUUAAAUUCAUAGCGAACUUGUAAAUUUAGUUGACGAAGAUGAAUAUUCCGUUCCCGAUUAUUUAUCCUCGCAUGAUUGCACCUGAUUUCUUCAAUUCAGAUAAACCAUGCGAUGAAGAUGCUGAAUUAACAAGCAUGGAACAAGCUAAUCAUCGAUGGCUGAAUAGCAUUGGUAAAAAAUACAUGAAACAUACUCCGGUAGAAAAGCCUCAGCCAGAGCCCAUGGAAGAAGCGGAGACGGAUGAUGAUGUCUUCAUCGUCACUGGCAAUGAAGAGGGUGAGGAGUCGGAGGAGUCUCAUGAUGUUGAUGAAGAGGAGGAGAUGCCGACCACUGAGUCUCCACCGAGGAACACCGAAGCAGAGUCCGAGAGUCCGGAAGACAUCACAGACACCGCCGAUAUCGAAGUAGAGGCCUCUCUAUGGCCUUACACUCCUCAAGAUGAAUGAAUCCUGCACUGUGGAUAUUAUAAAUGCUUAAAGGCUCAUCCACAUUCUAUUCAUCGGCUUUCUAUCACUCUAGUCCCUAGCUUAUGUUAAUUGUAGCCACUCCCAACUUAUAAUUGCCUCAACUAUUGUGGUGGUAUAGAAUUGAAAAACAAAUGAAGUAUUAGAAAACUCGGUGGGUAACUUGAUUACAACAUUGGCUAGGUAUUCGGGGCGUUUCAGUAUGAAUUUCAACAAUAGUUCAGACAUUUAUAUUCUUAGUAACAUGUUAUCCGGGAGAUGUGAGAUUAAUUUGCUCUGUAUGGUUUAUAUGUAAUGCUUGUUUAAUGAAUAAAACGUAUCUGCAUAA